AUGAUUAGUGAACAAGAAGCCUUUCUUGUUAAUGCUGCCGCCGCAACUGGGAAGUUUACUCUAAAACCAAGGAUAGACUAUAGAACUGUAUCUAGUGUCAAUGGACCACUGGUAGUAUUAGAAAAUGUCAAGUUUCCCCGUUUCGCCGAGAUUGUCAAUCUAACAUUACCGGAUGGAUCAUGUCGUGCUGGACAAGUACUGGAAGUUCAGGGGAAAAGAGCUGUCGUGCAGGUUUUUGAGGGUACCUCUGGUAUAGAUGCCAAAGCUACUCACGUGGAAUUCACUGGCGAUACUCUCAAGAUUCCCGUGUCGGAGGACAUGUUGGGACGUAUUUUCAACGGAUCGGGAAAGUCGAUAGACAAGGGACCUAAAGUAUUUGCAGAAGAUUUCUUAGAUAUUAAUGGAUCACCAAUCAAUCCAUAUUCGCGCAUUUACCCCGAGGAGAUGAUUCAGACGGGCAUUUCAGCAAUCGACACAAUGAACUCGAUCGCACGUGGACAAAAGAUACCCAUCUUUUCGGCUGCAGGGUUACCGCAUAAUGAAAUUGCAGCACAGAUCUGUCGUCAAGCCGGUUUGGUCAAGAAAAUAGACAAGGGUGUGUUUGAUGACCAUGAGGAUAACUUCUCCAUCGUGUUUGCUGCUAUGGGUGUAAACAUGGAAACAGCACGCUUCUUCAAACAAGACUUUGAGGAGAACGGUUCUAUUGAGAGAGUAACGCUUUUCUUGAACUUGGCUAAUGAUCCAACGAUUGAACGUAUUAUAACUCCUCGCCUAGCUUUAACUACAGCAGAGUACUACGCCUAUCAGCUUGAGAAGCAUGUAUUGGUUAUUUUGACCGAUAUGUCUUCAUAUGCUGACGCGUUACGUGAGGUUUCUGCUGCUCGUGAAGAAGUACCAGGUCGUCGUGGUUAUCCUGGUUAUAUGUAUACCGAUUUAUCUACCAUUUAUGAGCGUGCGGGACGUGUAGAGGGAAGAAACGGCAGUAUUACGCAGAUUCCUAUACUGACUAUGCCUAAUGAUGACAUCACUCAUCCAAUCCCGGAUUUGACGGGAUACAUUACGGAAGGACAGAUAUUUGUUGACCGUCAAUUGCAUAAUCGUCAAAUAUAUCCACCAAUCAACGUGCUCCCGUCAUUAUCACGUUUAAUGAAGUCUGCCAUCGGUGAGGGAAUGACGAGAAAAGAUCACGGCGAUGUCUCCAAUCAGUUGUAUGCCAAAUAUGCCAUUGGUAGAGAUGCAGCGGCUAUGAAAGCCGUCGUUGGUGAAGAGGCUUUAAAUCAAGAAGACAAGCUAUCUCUCGAGUUCUUGGAGAAAUUUGAAAAGACAUACAUAUCACAAGGUGCUUACGAGUCAAGAACAAUAUAUGAAAGCUUAGAUCUUGCUUGGUCCAUCCUUCGUAUAUUCCCUAAGGAGAUGCUAAAUCGUAUACCCCAGAAGAUUCUACAAGAGUUCUAUCAUCGUGAUAGAAAAGCUAAAUCUACGCACAAGAUGAAGGCUACCGAAGUGGAGGCAUAA